CUGACUCACCUGCAGUCAGUCCAGAAGGUUCUGGAACAACGAGACUGACACACAUGAAACUCAGACAUGUCAUGACUCUGUAGAUGGGGGGAACCAACAGAACAGACUUUAACUGGAUUUAAAGUGAAGUUGUGUCUGUUUGGGUCAGAACCGGAGGGAGUCCAGACUCUCAGCGGGUCACACUUCUGUUCACCUCCCUGAUGGAUCAGUCCUCUCCAGGUGUCGUCUCGCUGGUUAAUUGGUUCAGUGGACAGAUGUGUCGGCUGCGUCAGAUGAUCCAGAUGUUUGAUGAAGAUCUUCGUCUCACUCGUCUGUCUGGCUGCCGUCCAGCUCAGGACUCAGCGUCGGCCACGGUGGAGGACUUCCAGAUCCGUCCACACUGUCUGUUUGUCCACUCGUACCGAGCGCCGGCCUUCUGCGACCACUGUGGCGAGAUGCUGUGGGGACUCGUGCGACAGGGACUCAAAUGUGAAGGCUGCGGUCUGAACUAUCACAAGCGUUGUGCCUUUAAGAUCCCCAACAACUGCAGCGGCGUGAGGAGGCGUCGCUCGUCCAAUGUCUCCCUGACGGGGAUGAACCUGGGCCGGCCCCUCUCUGCUGAGCCGUCACCACCGCCUCUCUACACCGACGAGGCUUUACUGUCUCCAGUCAGUCCCAGCAUGGAGCAGAAGAACCAAUUAGAUUACUUCCCUGGCAGAGAGCGGCGCUCCAGCUCCCAGUCGUACAUCGGCCGUCCCAUCGAGCUGGACAAGAUCUUUCUGUCGAAAGUCAAAGUCCCUCACACCUUCCUGAUCCACUCGUACACCCGACCCACUGUCUGCCAGCACUGCAAGAAGCUGCUGAAAGGGCUCUUCAGACAGGGCCUGCAGUGUAAAGAUUGUAAAUUUAACUGUCACAAACGAUGUGCCGCUAAAAUACCAAACAACUGCCUGGGAGAGGUUUCCAAGAAUGGAGAGCUCGUGAGCCCGGGGGCGGAGUCAGACGUUGUGAUGGUGGAGGGUUGCCUUGACGACCACGAUGUUGACAGAGGAGGCGGCCUGUUGGACGACAUGGAUGAAGCUCUGACAUCAGAGGGCGGUCUGAUGCUGGAGGCGGGGCCAAGCGACCUCUGCGACAUGCACGACCCCGACCUGGACGAGUCCAACCGCGCCAUCAGCCCGUCCACCAGUAACAACAUCCCUCUGAUGCGAGUGGUCCAGUCCGUCAAACACACGAAGAGGAAGAGCAGCAACGUGAUGAAGGAGGGCUGGAUGGUGCACUACACCAGCAAGGACACUCUGAGGAAGAGACAUUACUGGCGUCUGGACAGUAAAUGCAUCACGUUGUUUCAGAACGACACAGGAAGUAAAUACUACAAGGAGAUCCCUCUGUCGGAGAUCUUGUCUCUGGAGCCGGCUCAGACCUUCUCUCUGCUGCCUGAUGGAGCCAACCCUCACUGCUUCGAGAUCGCCACAGCAUCGCUGGUCUACUACGUCGGAGAGAACCUGACGAGAGCUGAAUCAUCUGUGACCGGCAGCAGCGUUCUGGUGAGCGGGGUGGGCCAGGAUGUGGCCCGGAUGUGGGAGAUGGCGAUCCAGCACGCUCUGAUGCCGGCCGUCUCGACAGGAAUCUCACGCAGCUCGCAUCGCAGCGGACACAAGGAAAUCUCCAUCAGCAUCUCUGUCUCCAACUGCCAGAUCCAGGAAAAUGUGGACAUCAACUCUGUGUAUCAGAUCUUCCCAGACGAGGUUCUGGGCUCAGGACAGUUUGGUAUCGUUUACGGAGGGAAACACAGGAAGUCCGGCCGUGACGUCGCCAUCAAGAUCAUCGACAAGCUGCGAUUUCCGACCAAACAGGAGAGUCAGCUGCGCAACGAGGUGGCCAUCCUGCAGAGCCUGCACCACCCGGGCGUGGUCAACCUGGACUGCAUGUUUGAGACGCCGGAGCGAGUGUUCGUGGUCAUGGAGAAGCUGCACGGAGACAUGCUGGAGAUGAUCCUGUCCAGCGAGAAAGGACGGCUGCCGGAGAGGAUCACCAAGUUCCUGGUCACACAGAUCCUCGUGGCUCUGCGUCACCUCCACUUCAAGAACAUCGUCCACUGUGACCUGAAGCCUGAAAACGUCCUGCUGGCCUCUGCAGACGCUUUCCCCCAGGUGAAGCUGUGUGACUUCGGCUUCGCUCGGAUCAUCGGUGAGAAGUCGUUCAGGCGUUCGGUGGUCGGCACGCCGGCGUAUCUCGCUCCCGAGGUCCUGAGGAACAAAGGCUACAACCGCUCGCUGGACAUGUGGUCGGUGGGAGUCAUCAUCUACGUCAGUCUCAGCGGGACGUUCCCCUUCAACGAAGACGAGGACAUCAACGAUCAGAUCCAGAACGCUGCCUUCAUGUACCCUCCUCAUCCCUGGAAGAAGGUUUCCCAGGAGGCGAUCGACCUGAUUAACAACCUGCUGCAGGUGAAGAUGAGGAAGAGAUACAGCGUGGACAAGACGCUCAGCCACCCCUGGUUACAGGACUACCAGAUGUGGCUGGACCUGAGAAACCUGGAGUCCCGGAUGAACGAGCGCUACAUCACCCACGAGAGCGACGACCUGCGCUGGCAUCACCACGCCCAGCUCAGCGGCCUCGACUACCCCGUCGUCAACGGGCCGCGCUGCGACGGCGGGCAGGGGGCGGAGCGUUACUCGGAGCAGGAGGAGGAGCUAGAGACCCUCAGCGAGAGGGUCAGCGAGCUCUGAGGACGGGAGGAGUUCGAACAGCAGCAUCAGAAACAAAAAUACAAGAAGCACAAAUUAAACUGAGGAGACGUUUUAACGAUCAGAUGAGACGAAGCCGCCUGGUCGCUGCAGAGGUGCGUUACAUUUAUCAUCUGAUGACGCGUCGCAUAAUCACAUCGUUUCUCACGAUAAGAGAGAAACUUCUCGUUAGAUAUUUCAACAUCAAGGUCCAAUCAUGUGUUAGACAUGUUGAACGGUUGACUUUCAGUAUUUUAACGAUCAGAUUCACUGAUGACUGAUUAUCUUUCAUCACGAGCUCCAUGUUUUAAAUUUCAUCUCAGAACAUUUUUUGUAAUUCUGAAGAAAUAACGUCGAUAUUUUCAAAGUGAACUAAAGUUUUAUGUCGAGUUUACAGAUUCUCAGAUUUGUGUUUAACAUAUAAAUUAAUACGACGUCUUUGUUUGAUCAAUACAGAUUAUUGAUCUCAGAAUCAUUCGAUCAGUGAUCAGCUCCUCUUUCUGAAUCUUGUUAGCAGGAAUCUUAUAAUUACUGAUGAAACUUAUUUAAUGAUUUCAUCUUGUGUAUCUGUAACGAAGUCGUUACUGUGAGUUCUCAUCAGCUCUUCUUCUGUUCGACAAUCACAAACUGAAGAAAACAAACGUGUUCACUUUGCACUCGUCAAUUUAUGGAAACAAGCCACGACUUUAAAUCAGAUCUUGAAUUAUUUAUGAAUAUUUAAAUUAAAAACAUGUAAGUUUGGCCCUCCUGGCCUCCAUCGUUUUACAACAACUGUCCUUUAGAUUUGAUCUCAUGUAGAAUAAAUGUGUAAUCAAUGAAAUAAUUUCUAUAUUAACACUGAGCAGCAAACAUCAUGAAGACGUGACGACUCUGUGAAAUGUUCAAUAUUUAAUUGUUUUCUGUAGAUGAACUUCAGACAAACUGAUGUUUUCUGUCGGAGGUUUCAUUCCAAAAGCUGAUGUGACGUCCAAAAUCAAACAUUUGAACAGUCCACGUUACUGACGAGCGCUCUGGCGAUUCAGAACCUUUUGGUGUCCUGAUAAAUGGAUUUGUAGCAUUUUGGAAUGAAAAUCUUCGGCUGCUCAAAACAAAACAGUGCCGACAAAAACCAAAAACCACAAGCCGUACACAUUCUGUUUCUGCAGAGAUGUUUAGAUGUUUCUCGUUUUAACGUCACAGAUCAUCUCAGGCCGUCUGAACGUAGCACCGUUCUGCCAGCUGUGGUUUGAAAACAAAAUGGCGGCGCGUUGCUUCACCUGACGGCGGCUGAGCAUCACAGUUAGUCACAUCACAGCUUGGAGCGUCAGUGCUCGGCUCACCUGAACGCUUCGUAUCGCCUGUAGAUCGUCUGAGUUCUACGUGCUGUUCUCUCUGAGCCGAUGUGACGUUUCAAACGUGUGUCACAUCUUUUCGGCUCGCUGGCCUUCUGAUGUUCCACCUGACAGGAAGCUCAGCGAGCUGGGAGGUGAAGCUGAACGUCAACAGGAGAUGAAAAAACAUCUGAGGCCAAUAAAUCAGCAGAGAAGCGACUCUGUGUUCAGUCUCUAAAUAAUGUCGAUAAAUCUACGACUCCGGUCCAGAGCUGCCUUGCUCAUCAGCUGCGACAGCUGAUUAUCAGCCUGAGAACUUACGAGCUUUAGGUUAGCUGUCGUAGCAUAGCAUGUUUUUCACUGUCUGUAUUUCUGUUACUGUGGACUGUGUAUAUUAAAUCAAAUGUUUGGAUGAAUUCUAUUUUUAUGCUUUGGUAAAAACACCUCCUGUGCUGCGACAGUUAAACAGGCUCUUUGUAUUGAAUGAACCCAGAUAUAUCAUUUGAACAAAGUUUAAACAUGAAACAAACAAAAGAGAAAAUAUAAUACAAGCAGAGUGGCUCACUUUGACCCACCACAACAUGUAAAUUAACUGUGAAUUAUUGAUUAUUGAUACGUAGUUAAUAAUUAAUUGCUUUCGGACCUUCAAAUGAAAAAGUUCCGUCACGACUACAAUACGCGGUGAUACCAAAUUAAAACACAGUCAGUCCUUCGCUUUGUGUCAGUGUUUCUGUGUGAUGGUGGGAACAUGAAGCUUGUUAAGUUGAAGCAGUCACAGUUAUGUCCCCGCUGGCUUGCCGUAUUUCUGGCGUCUGUGCAGUAAAUACUGAGAGUUUCUCCUCGUAGAACAUGACUUCAGACCUCGUUCCAAAUCGUUUGUCACUUUGACACUUCAGCAAUCAAAUGUUCCGCUUCUCCGUGUUCCUCCCACAGCCUCCCUCCCCCGGAGCACACGUGGGCGGCUGUAGCGAUCGCUGCAGAUUAAUUUUUUAAAGUUAGACGUUUCUUGGCCUCUGCGCGGCUCAGCGGACAGUCGCGGUUCAGAAAAGGCCUCCCGACGCGCUCCGCUGCUCGUCUGUUUACCGAUAAGCAGGGCAAAGAUGAAGCGCCACAUUUUGAACUCCUCCCAUACAGAGACAAAGGAGAACAGCACGUAUCAGGGUUAUUACAUUAUUAUGAUACUGCCAUAGAUCUGAAAAAUAAGGGCUGUUCCUCUGAAGCCUUCUCGGCCUUGUCUUCUUCUUCGUGCCUCUCGCUCGCCGAUCGAUGCUUCUGUCCUCUCUGAAACUGACAAAUCAGCUUCACCUGAUCAGAAACGUCACCUGUCUCAUGGUUCUGUCUGAAGAGGCGACGCAUUGAGCUUUGUCAAAAAAAAAUAAAAUAUUAAUAAUGUUUUGUAAUUGUGUGUACAAAUGGUCCAAAAGUGCUUUGUGUGUGUGUGUGUGUGUGUUUAAUUAUUGCAAAGACAGUGUAGAGGACUGAAGGUACAGGAGCUCUGUGUGGUGCUGAAGGUGUGAACAGGAAGUGAGGAUGUUGAAGCGACAGGUGAGGUGAUAUCAGGUGACAUCAGGACUCAUCCCUCGCAGAUACAUCACGCCAAGUUUGAGCUCGAGUCCAACUCAGGAGUCCAAACUGGAUCCUCAUCAUUUAUAUUUAUACUGAACACAAUCAUACAUCACCUGCCACACUGCCAGGAUGUGAUUUAUUUCAGAUAUAUAUUUAUUAAUACGUAUGUGGGUGCGAUGUGUAAAUACGGAGCCAGAAAAAUUGAUGUUACGUUACGUGCAGUGUUGCAGAGAUAUCACCUGAAGCUAGCAUGCUAACCAGCUAGCCCUCUCAUGUGUUGAUCCAAAGAGCUUUGUUAGCUGUAAACAUCAGCAUCGAGCCGUCAGUCCACACCGCUAGCUGCACGGCUAACUGGGCUAACUAGCAGCUAAAGUUAACAGCAGUUAGCAGUUACUUCAGUGAUAUUCCACCUCUAACUUUACUGACAGAUUAACCAAUUAUAUUUUGACUCAGAGACCCAAAUGUACUGCACAGGAGUGAGUUUAUCUCUAUAUUUAACCACUGCAGACACAUCAGAACCAUCCGUCAGUGAUCAAAGGGCUUCAUAUGUAUGACUGCACUCAGCAGAGGUGACGUCACCUGUCCAUCUGCAGGUGAGCUCAGUGACCAGCUGCUGACACGCCUCAUAUCGAGGAUCCUGCAGGAGUUGGUGAUGUUGAACAGCGUUGUCUGGUCAGUGAGUCGGCUGCUGUCCUUUGAAAGGCUCCCUGCUGUUAAACAUCAGUGGAGGCGAUAAGCUGGUUUCACUAUUCAAACGUUUUUCUGGGACGGACCAGCCGACUUUCACACCCUUUGCCUGAACUGACUUGCUCUUGUUUUGGCUGAUAAAGUCCUGAUGUUAGGAUUUGUUUACAUUAGAAUCAGAACCGGUCUGCGUGUGAACGUCACAGGUUUGACUCUGUCCGGACGGUGUGGUUCGGUCUAUGAAAGUCAAGAUUUGCUGUGUUUUCCAGCUCAGUAUUAGUGGAGGGAGGUGUUAGCCUCCAGCGUUAGCCUCAGUGUUAGCCUCCAGCGUUAGCCUCAGUGUUAGCCUCCAGCGUUAGCCUCAGUGUUAGCCUCCAGUGUUAGCCUCCAGCGUUAGCCUCAGUGUUAGCCUGCGUGUCCGUGUGUGCUUAACCAACUGUUUGUUACGUGGCUUCACUCCUCUGGCGUCUCACAAAGUGUUCGCUACCUGCAGGAACUUUUAAAAGAUGUAUUUUUUUCUCUGGAUCAUGUUUAAAUAAAGAUAUUUUAAAAUUAA